GUGUAAACACACAUUUAUUCUGCACCUCCUUCUAAAACUCAGAGACUGAGUGGAUGUGAGCGGAGGAGCAGCAGCACUUUCACAAUGCAAGCCUUAACCUUCGUGUCCAGAUGUGUGUUUAUGUUGUCUCUGGUGUGUCUUCUGGUCAGCUUCAGCACGGGACAGCGCCGUACAAGGGGGCGCACCUCAUCGCCACGGAGAGGUGAGGUUCACUGGGAAAACAACGGCCACCUCUUCAGCUUGACCAGCGCAUGGUCCGAAUACUAUGUGCCUUCAGCUGCGAGGAGGAGCAUGCCGCUGUUUUUCUCCAGACACACUUCCCCGAGGACCCAAAGAGGGGCCACCAGGGGUCACGGAGGACGCGCACGACCUGCCGGAGAUACUGCUCUUCACACAGACUCAAGAAAUGACCUGAUACCUGGCAUAUCAGAGUCCAGGAGCAAUCGGCAUCUUUCAUCUUCGAUCACGGAGACGGUGGGGAGCGUUCUGGAGGUCGCUCCGCUGACCUCAAGUCCUUCAAAGUCUCCAAACAGCACAACUGCACCAGACCAAAGACGGACCAACUCAGCCACUGUCUCCACAGCUGCUGGACAAAGUCAUUUUAGAGGCCCUGAUGGUCAAAUAGCCGAUCCACAGCCGGCCACCAGCCCCUCUUCGGUCACACCGUAUGACCACAACAGUGCAGACAGAGCAAAUGCACCACGUCAUGUUGCCCAAAGGCGAACAGGUGACAGUGUGAUGGAAGAUGAACCGACCUCCAGUGGAAAUAGAAGAAAUUCAGUUUUCUACAAUCUAAAUCCAUCAACAGGCACGAGCAGGCAGCAAAGCAGGGGAUCAGGCUAUGGCACCAGGUACUUCCAUCAUGGUCUGCCUGACCUCGUCCCUGAUCCAUACUACAUUCAAGCUGCAUCUUACAUCCAGCGUGUGCAGAUGUACGCGCUGCGAUGUGCAGCUGAGGAAAACUGCCUGUCCCGCUCCGCUUACAGGCCAAGCGUCCGAGAUCUUGACUACCGGGUGCUUCUGCGGUUCCCCCAGAGGGUCAAAAAUCAAGGCACUGCGGACUUCCUUCCCGUGAGGCCGCAGCAUCAGUGGGAAUGGCACAGCUGCCAUCAACACUACCACAGCAUGGAGGCCUUCAGCAGCUAUGACCUUCUAGAUGCUUCUACAGGCCGGAGGGUGGCAGAGGGACACAAAGCCAGUUUCUGUCUGGAGGACACCAGCUGUGAUCCAGGUGUUCGCAGGAGAUACGCCUGCACAGCUCACACACAGGGUUUGGGUCCAGGCUGCUACGACACCUACCACGCCAACAUUGACUGUCAGUGGAUCGACAUCACAGACGUUCCUCCUGGAGACUACGUCCUGAAGGUGACAGUGAACCCUAAUUUCCAAGUCCAGGAGUCUGAUUUCUCCAACAACGUGGUCCAGUGUGAUGUUAGAUACACUGGGUCAUAUGUGCAAACGCACAACUGCAGAAUCACAGCGUAA